AUGGCGGGACGGCGUGGGGCUUUAAUUGUACUGGAGGGUGCUGACAGGGCCGGGAAGAGCACGCAGGCCAAGCGGCUGGUGGAGGUAUUGAAAGAGCGGGGCUACCCGGCCGAGGGCAUGCGCUUUCCUGAGAGAACAACUGAAAUCGGACGCCUGAUUGGCUCUUAUCUUGAGAAGAAAAGUAACCUUGAAGAUCACACUGUUCAUCUACUCUUCUCUGCAAACCGCUGGGAACAAGUUCCUUUGAUAAAAGAGAAGCUAAGAAGUGGUGUGACACUUGUGGUGGACCGAUAUGCUUUUUCAGGAGUUGCAUUCACAAGCUCCAAAAAGAAUUUUUCCCUUCACUGGUGCAAGCAGCCUGAUGUUGGACUUCCAAAGCCAGAUCUUGUUCUUUUUUUGGACAUAAGCCCUGAGGCUGCUGCUAAACGUGGAGAUUUUGGUAAUGAGCGUUAUGAGACAAGUGCUUUUCAGCAGAAGGUGCAUAAACGCUAUGCUGAACUUAUGGAAGACAGGUCUCUUAACUGGAAGGUGAUUGAUGCGGCCCAGACUAUGGAAGAAGUCCACAGUGCAAUUCGACAACUGAGUGAAGACAUAAUACAGGAAGCCAAAGAUCAGCCAAUUGGGAAGCUCUGGCUGGAGUCUGAUACAUGUGUCUAG